UUAAAUAGAUCUAUAAAAAAUCAAAUUUAAAAAGUACUAAGUGAUAAGAAGAUGAUGAAUAAUUAAUUAAAGCUAGACUUUUUCUAUGAUCUGUGGAGUGUGGAUAUCUCUAGCUUGGAUCGAAUAAUUGACAUAUCAUGUGAAUAGUAUAGGUCUGAUCCGAAUUUGCAGCCUAGUCAGCAGGUUCCAUAAAUGGAGAAAUAAUAGCAAUAGAAUCAAUCACAGGUAGAUCAGUAGAUGUAUAUUAAUAGAUUCGUAUCACUGCAUUUACUGUUCCAAAAAAGUUAGGCCAACAAGCAGAUUUAAUAGCAAAUUUGCAUGACAAUCCAUACCCCUUCUUCCUCCUCUUCACUCUCAACUUCCUCUCUCUCUCCAAAAAUCAAACAAACAUGAUUUUCAAAACCGUGAGCAGCAGAAUCAUACGCAGGAUUACAGCAACACCUCCCUACAAAUCACAGAUUGGGGUGAGGUUUUUGGGAGGUCAAGCUGCGUCUCCUCUACAAGAGAGUGUGGUGGAGGAAGAAAUGGAGUGGGAGAAUUUGGGAUUUGGUUUGGUGCAGACUGAUUAUAUGUAUGUGAUGAAGUGUGGAGAAGAAAACGAGUUCGAGGCGGGUCAACUCAGUCGUUUUGGGAAUAUUGAAUUGAAUCCUUCUGCUGGAGUCUUGAAUUAUGGACAGGGAGUUUUCGAAGGCACGAAAGCUUACCGAAGCGAAAAUGGCAGACUCUUCCUCUUCCGCCCACAAGAAAACGCGAUUCGCAUGCAAUUCGGCGCCGACAGAAUGUGUAUGCAGUCUCCCUCAGUUGAUCAAUUCAUCCAUGCCGUCAAGCAAACCGCUCUCGCCAACCGCCGAUUUAUUCCUCCGCCGGGAAAAGGAUCUCUGUACAUUCGGCCUCUGCUGAUAGGGAGCGGGCCGGUUUUGGGGCUGGCGCCGUCUUCGGAGUACACAUUUCUGGUGUAUGCUUCUCCAGUUGGAAACUAUUUCAAGGAAGGGACUGCGCCGAUCAGCUUGUACGUUGAGGAUGAGUUCCAUCGCGCUGUACGCGGUGGUGCUGGAGGUGUGAAGAGCGUCACGAAUUAUGCGCCGGUGUUGAAAGCGAUGAAGAGAGCCAAGGAUAAAGGAUUCUCCGAUGUUUUAUACCUGGAUGCGAACAAUAAAAGAGAUAUUGAGGAGGUCUCAGCUUCUAAUGUUUUCAUGGUGAAGGGCAAUGUUAUCUCCACUCCACCCACCAAUGGAACGAUUCUUGAAGGAAUUACGCGUAAAAGCAUCAUGGAUAUUGCACAAGAUCUUGGUUAUCAGGUUGAGGAGCGUUCUAUUCCGAUUGAAGAACUACUUGAGGCAGACGAAGUUUUCUGCACUGGGACUGCAGUUAGUGUUGCUCCUGUAGGAAGUAUUACAUACAAGGGUAACAGGGUCGAAUAUAAGAUGAGCACUGAGCUUGGGUCCCUGAAACUUCACUCAAGACUUGUUGGGAUCCAAAGAGGUGAGAUUGAAGAUAGCAGGGGAUGGUUGGUUCAAAUUGAGUGAUCACAGAACUUAUAAAGACUUCCAUUUUAGUUUUCGACAUAGUCAUGUGCAUUCAAGUUUAAUUCCCCAAGUAUAAUGUAGAAAAAAAAUGGAAGCUCGACCUUAUCAAACAUCUAAAAUGAGUGUAUUUUUCCCCAAUCUUGAUAGAUUUUAAUCCAUCAAACAUCUAAAAUUCAGAUAUAAAAAUUUUCUUCUAAGUUUGAAUUA